UACUAUAAUUUAUAUUCCUAUCAUAAAAAGGAACACAACCAAAAUACCAAACUUCAUUUCUAAAGAAAAGAUCAAUUAGUCAUAAAGAAACCUAUGCAUAUUUUUAGCAAGAUAUUGAUAUCACUUUGUUAACUUCAAAACCAGUACAAUACCUGUUAAAGAAAUCACCACAAAACCGCAUAGCUAAUUUUAGAACAUAGACCAAUCAAUGAUUCCUAAAACAAAAUACAUGGCCACACGUAUCAAAAUAAUAUUUAAUCAUUUUCCAUAAAACCAAUCUAAAAAGGAUAAUAAAACUCCCCACAUCUUGUAGGCCAAGAUUACAAUAAUUGCAGGAAUUACACACUCAAAAGUCAAUAACCAGAAUUUAGCAACCCACGGUAAAUCAACCCUUUCAAAGCUACUCAGUCUUCCACCAUCAAACUAGGGAAUGAUAUUUUACCACCCUUGAAAACAACCUUAAUUCCAGAAUAUCCCAAAACCGGCUAUAAAGAAACACACACUUAAAUCAACAAAUCCAAAAACCAUUUAACCAAAGCAAUGCAUAAUCUAAUUAAAACCCAUCUCACCAUUUCAAAAUCAUUAAUAACUUAAAGUCAACACAUAAUCAAUAAAAUCUCCAAAUCUAAUUACCCAUCAACAAUGGGCACAAACCUAAUCAAAGAACCACAUAAUAAAGCAUGGUUUAGCCAAAAUAUCCAACUGAACAUUAACCUAUAAUCACGGCUCAGCCGAUCCAACAACAAUCAAGGACUCAAAACUACAAUGAUUUCCCCAUUCCAACCAACCACACAGAAAUACAUACACUUUAAAUUUCCAUAUCACAAUUUAUCCACUAAGAUCAACAUACCAACCGAUAAAUACUCAAUUGGCAACCGAUAAAUACUCAAUUGGUAAUCCUCAAGUUCAACAACUAAAAUACUUAAUUUUUAUCUAAGCAUCACAGCAACCUCUAAGCUUCCCGAAACAACACACGGUCACUGACCAAAAUCCACAGACAUCACAACUAUCCGGCCAGCAACAACAGGGGAAACAACAACCAAAAAUCCCCCCAUCAUUAAUUAAUAAAAUCCCCUAAUCAAUCCAUAGAAAACCCCCAAAUUAUCAAACAUAAUCCAACCAAACCCUAAUUCCAAAAUAACCAAACCAAUCCACAAAAUUAAUCAUCAUAGCUUGUUAGAAAUUACCCCAGGGAUUUUUCUUAGCAAAUCCGCCAGAAAAGUCGUCCGAAAAUGCACAGGAAGAACCGGGUCUUCCUCUUGAGUCUUCGGGUCACAGGGUCGGGUUCUGGGCCACGGGGCUUCGGGUCUUCGGAUGGGUUUCUGUACACAGGUCACGGCUCACCAGAAACCGCUGCUGAACCGCCGGACAUGGAGGAUCGGACCUCUGGAAGGUUCGGGUUCGGCUCACGGGUCCACGAACCACCCGGGUUCUCUCUCUCGGGUUUAACGGGUUGCGGGUCGCGGGCUUCACGAUCGGAGCUCCUGGGUUCCACCGAUUGUCGGCGUUGGCUCUGCCGGCGACGACCUAGCACCACCCACCGGGAACCGGACCUCUGGGCGGUCAGAUUUCCCUCCUGCCCCGUCGGGUCUCCCACUCACGGAUCCACCGGAUCCUCUCUCUCCCAAUCUCUCGCUUCGGGAAGAACAAGAACGAAGAGGAAACGAAGAAGGAAGAAGAAUAGAAGAAAAAGGAGAGAAAAGAGGUGUGGUCCGGUUAUAAUAAAAGAGAGGUUUAGUGGAUGUAGUGGAUGACCCCAUAGCUCUAUAUUUGGGGUACUGCGACUGAGGCAUAUUGCUGGGGUUGUAGCUGCGUGGACUUGGACGUCCCACUUUGGUAGUCUUUUGUUGUUGGCUCGUGCCCUACGUGACACUUGUAUUUUGUAGAGCCGGUCUUUUGGAAUGUAAUUAAAGUAAUAUGUUUUAGAAGCCUUAAACAAAUGGACUUGUAAAUGGCUCUUUUGUGAUUAACAGUUAUGUUUAUAGAUGUGCUUUCUGCUAUCCUAAUUAUGUUGUAUGUGUUCCACUGUAUAGAUGUAACUCUGAAUAUCAGGUACAUAUUAUGGGAUGUGUAUCGUAUGUUGGCUGAGCAACAAGUAGUCGUGCCACUAUGAUGAUCCGUUUGUAUGUUUAAAAAAAAAAAUGGCUCAUCACACAAGCUAACCUCAAACACUGACAUCAGAAUCCACCUAAGAGUCUAGGUAAUCUUGAUAUUCC